GUAGACCGAACCGAAGACGACUUCGAGAAUUUUGUGUGACCUGAAAUAUCUGGAUUUUCCCCCAAGUCUCUGCAAAUUCCAUGUAAAAAAUGACAGAAGACAAGGAAUCGACGUCGAGUUCACUUAGUCAAGGCCUAACUCCUCACGACCCGGACGAUGUCCCCAAGUCUCCUCCUCAUUCCCCCAACUCCUCUACUCGCAAGGCUUGCUAUGCUGUUUUACAGAGUUGGGUCUCAAAGAAGUUCAUGACUGGAUGUGUGGUUCUCUUUCCAGUUGCCGUUACAUUUUUAGUCACAUGGUGGUUCAUUGAGUUUGUUGACGGUUUCUUCAGUCCAAUAUAUGCAAGGCUUGGAAUAGAUAUAUUUGGUCUUGGGUUUCUUACAUCUAUGCUUUUCAUAUUCUUUGUGGGAGUAUUUGCUUCAUCAUGGUUGGGUUCCACUGUGUUUUUGAUUGGGGAAUGGUUUAUAAAGCGGAUGCCCUUUAUGAAGCACAUAUACUCAGCCUCUAAACAAAUUAGCUCCGCCAUUUCUCCAGACCAGAACACAACUGCCUUUAAAGAGGUUGCAAUUAUUCGCCAUCCUCGCAUUGGCGAGUAUGCAUUUGGUUUUAUAACAUCAUCUCUUGUUCUUCAGAGGGAUGAUGGAGAUGAAGAGCUAUGCAGUGUUUAUGUCCCAACAAACCAUUUAUACAUUGGUGACAUAUUUCUGGUCAACUCUGAGGAGAUUAUAAGACCAAAUUUGUCUGUACGAGAAGGAAUAGAAAUCAUCGUUUCGGUGGGCAUGACAAUGCCGCAGGUAAUUUCUCCUGUAGAAAGGAUUCCUCCUCUUCAAGGCAAUAGAAUUCCUCUAAACAGGAUAAUAUGAAGGUAGAGUAGAGAUUCUGCUACUUCAAACCUGGUAAGUCUUUGAAUAGAAAGACAUGCAUUUUAUCAUAUGGACGGUUAUGUUUUGCCUUUGGACCUGGGUUUACACGAUACACAAAUUUUCUCACAGCAGAUAAUUUUAUCUGGAAAACAAAGCGAUUAUAUAUUUCAUCUUGUAGCAUCAUCAAUUUUUUACUCUCUUUUUUUCUGGGGGGUUUUUUAAACAUGUGCAUAUGCUCAAGUUGUGUAAGCACAAUUUCCAAAGUAUGUAAAAGAUACAAAUUGUGGGAUACACAUGUUGUAAUGUGGUAUCAUCAUGUAACAUUUUUUCUGAAUUAAUAUGACGUCGUGUUGGCUGAUU